AUGAUAUGAUGCUUCAUAUAUACUUGACAAUACAUAAGAACUUUGGUUCAAGAAUCUUUGAUCGGGAUUUCAAAGAAAAUGAAGGAACAAGCAGAGUUUGCAAGAAGGCUCGGUGAUGGAGAAGAAGAUGGUUAUGAUGCUGUUGUUGUGGGGUCUGGAUAUGGUGGUUCUGUUGCUGCUUGUCGCAUGUCAAUGGCCGGCAUAAAGGUAUGUUUAAUUGAAAAAGGGCGGAGAUGGGAAGCUCAUGAUUUUCCAACAGACAGCUUGAAGAUCAUGUCUGCUGUAAGGAUGGAGAACCAUAACUUAGGUGUCAGCUUUGGCCCAAAAGAUGCUCUAUUCCAGGUACAUGAACAAAAUGAUUCUCUAGCAGUGGUGGCCUGUGGGAUUGGUGGAGGUUCACUUGUGAAUGCAGGGGUUAUGGUGCCAACCCCAGUUCGUGCUAGAAGAAAUACAAAGUGGCCAAACGAAUGGGAAAGGGAUUGGGAUAUUUGUGAAGCUUCUGCUGCAGCCAUGCUGGGAAUACAAAGAGUUCCUGUCAAGUUCCCUGCUGCGAAAGUCUUGGGAGAAUUAACUGAUGGAGAGAUUGAAAAAAGUUUUGAGACUUCAAUGAAGCUAAGCGUGAAUUUUGCUCUUGAAGAACUAGUGUCCAAUUCAAUGAAGUCUCAAAAAAUGGGUCGCUGCUUAGCCUGUGGAAACUGUCUUGCUGGUUGUCCUUAUAAUGCCAAAAGUUCUACUGACAAAAAUUAUCUACUUUCAGCAAUCCAGGCAGGAUGUGAUGUGACAACAGAAUGUCAGGUUCACUACGUGGUUAAAAACCCAUAUGAAAAUUUCCUAGAAUGCAGAAUUAGCAGAAAGAGAAGAAGAUGGCGUGUUUACUUGAAUGAGAUUGACCAUAUAACUGCUGAUUUUGUAGUCCUCUCAGCGGGAGUUUUCGGCACAACCGAGAUACUUUUCCAGUCACAAAUAAGAGGAUUGAAACUGUCAGAUUCACUUGGGUCUGGAUUCAGCUGUAAUGGAAAUACUGUGGCCUAUCUUGCUGGAAGCCCUGCACCAUUGAGUUCAUAUGGAUUAAACAGAAAGCAACUCUCGAAGAUACCUUUUCAAGAACGGCCAGGGCCAUCCAUCUCUUCAUCUUACACAUAUUCAUCUGGCUUCACAAUCCAGGGUGCUGUGCUUCCAACAGCAUAUCCUUACCUGCUGUUUAAAGGGAUCACAACUUACGGAUGGCCAACUGGCUUCUGGUUCUUUCAUGGGGUACUUGACAAGAUAAAACAUGUUACAAAUUUUAAAGCAAGCCAAGCAAUGGUACUUAAUGCAAUGGGAUAUGAUGACAACGAUGGGAAAAUUACGUUUCACAAGGACAUGAAUAGAAUCUGCUUUAGUCCACCCAAUGAUCCUUUACUCUCAAGAAAACUCAAUGCCUUUCAAAAGCUCACUAAGAAAUUAGGAGGAAUCCUCUUCAUAUCAAGGUACCGAAGCACAUCAGUUCAUCAUUUAGGUGGGUGCAAUGCAUCAUCAGAUCAUUUAUGUGGUGUUUGUAACCCCAGUGGUCAGGUUUUUGACCCAGAAGGUCCUGCCACAGUACAUGCGGGUCUCUAUGUCUGCGAUGGUUCUUUAAUCCCAUGUUCUGUUGGCAUAAAUCCCUCUCUUACAAUCGCAACUGCGGCUGAAUACGUAAGCAAGCACCUUGUGAGGGAUGUUCUCAUGUACAAGAACAAUAAUAACGUUGAACUUCCUGUUAAAACUGAUCAUCAAAGUCCUCAUUCUACUCCCGAGAAGAAUACAAAGGGUGAUUGGAGAUCAAUGGUCAUCUUUAAAGAGACCAUGAGAGGUUAUAUUGGGGGUAUGCCAUCCACGGCUUAUUUGAAAAUGAAAAUGAACAAUCGAGAUAAGAAGGGCCCGCCGGGUGAGUCAUGGAAAUGGGGUAUAAGAGAAUGUCAUCCUCUUCUAAGAGGGAAAGUUGGUGGAUACGUGGAAUUUAAAGCCAUUGAGAAGGACAAGUUACAUGUCUUAGACGGGAAAAUAAAUCUGUGUAAAGUAGAUUGCAGAACUCCUUACACUCAGUAUAUGCAUUAUCAUCUUCUCCUAGCAGCUUCUUCUGGCUCAAGAUAUGUUCUUGAGGGGAAGAAGAUACUGAAUCCUUAUCUCUUUGCUUUAAAUGCUUGGAGGGAGACAACAACAUUGCAUGUGACAUUCAGGAAAGUUGUUAUGAACAAUUCAGGGGAAGACGAGAUGAAUCUCAAAGGCGAGUUUUAUAUCUCCAUGACAGAACUUUUGAAGAGCUUGUUAAGCCUCGAAGGAAACAAUAGAGGAAGGUUCAUACGCCUUUUAUCACGUACUCUUCUAAGAACCUAUAUCUUACAGAUACCGAGAGGGAGUCACAAGUCCGACUUCACCAUAUCAGAUUCAUGCCUUAAACGUUAUCCAAGAAGCACCCUGCAAGAAGUAAAAACAGAAGAUGGUUUUAUUAUCAGUUGCAGGCAAUGGAAGUGCACCCAAAUCCCAUUGACGCUAGAAGGACCAGAACAGCCAAAACCAGUUCUCCUUCUUAAUGGGCUUUCUACUGAGAGUUAUUCAUUGCCUACAGAACCAAAUGAUUUAGUCAGAACUUUACUGGCAGAGGGGCAUGAAACAUGGCUACUGCAACCCAGGUCGCAUCCUCUGAAUGCUUCAAACUACUUCACGAUUGAAGAUAUUGGAAGAUUUGAUGUUCCAGCUGCGAUAAAUAAGAUCCUUGAACUACAUGGGCAGCACACAACUAUACAUGUCGUUGCACAUUGUGUUGGAGGCUUAGCCGUACAUAUAGCUUUAAUGGGGGGCAUGUAUCUUCAGCCCAUAUAGCCUCCGUGUCAUGCAUCAACUCUUCAAUGUUCUUCAAGCUUAACGCUUCAUCAAUGUUCAAAAUGUGGCUUCCUCUGAUCCCAGUAAUCUCUCUCUCUCUCUCUCACUCUCUCUCUCUCUCUCUCUCUCUCUCUCCAGGAGUGCUGUGGCUCUGCCCUUGUUUUGCUUUGUUUUUUCAGAUGUCUUGCUUAGGUGUUUUAGUCUUUCUUCUGUCCCUUCAUGUGUAAAGUCAUGUAAUAUGUUCAUCAAAUGAUAAUAAUAUUGAUAAUAACAAUACAGUACCUAGAAUGACAGUGAUAAAUAAUAAUAAUUAUAAUAAUAACAACAACAACGAAUUAAAUGACAGUAAGCCAAGUAACAAUCAAUCAAAAUGAGUGAUAAAUAAUUAAAUCUGUAGGUUUAAUUUGGUUUAGCUGAUCAAUAUCAUGGAAAUCUCUUUCCUUGAGCUUAAGAUCUUUGAAUUCAACAUGCAGCUAUCAAUGGUUAUACUAGGAAAGAACAAAAUCCUGCCUUUGUUCGAAACAUCAAAGGCCAGUAGGCGUCAUCGGCUCCUGCAAUAUAUUGCCCGCUGGAUACCACGGUGUGAAAGAUGCACCUGCUACGAAUGUGAGGUAUUUUCUGGCAUAUUUGGAAACGCAUUCUGGCAUGAAAACAUAAGCCCCAGCAUGCACUACUGGUUGCACAAAGAAAGUUGGACAAGACUUCCCAUGGCAGCAUUUCCCCAUCUCAGAAAAAUAUGCAAGGUCGGUUUCAUUGUUGAUAACAAUGGCAUCAACUCGUAUUUGAUCCAUCCUGAGAGAAUGGCCCUUCCUACCCUUUAUAUUUCUGGAGGACGGAGUCUCCUCGUGACUCCAGAGACUUCAUUUCUUGCUCACAAGUACAUGAAGUUACACCAGCCUGCAUUUAGACAUGAAAGAAUCGUUGUGGAGGGUUUUGGGCAUUCCGACCUAUUGAUCGGAGAGGAGUCGUAUAAGAAGGUUUUUCCUCACAUUCUGUCUCAUAUCAGAUCAUCAGCUGAAGGAGGAAAAAAUGGUGAAACCAUUGCCGGGGGAAGGAAGUACAGUAAAGAGUCCUUGGAGUGGGAAAAUGAUCCAUACGAAGAAUAUGGUGGAUUUAGGAGUUGGUUUCCUCCUUUAGCUGUCAUUUUGCUGUUUCUAUUUUUCUUUUUCUCAUCGUCUUGUUUCUAGCUCGCCUCCGUCAUACAUGUAACUCUUUUUGCAUUUUUCCCUUUCGUGUCACGUAGUCCAUUUAUUGAUUUGACCCUAUUUUUGCAUGUCAUCUAAAAAAGAUUUAUGUUAUGGGCACAAAAUUUCGUGUUCGCUCACAUACUUAUGAAAUUACUGUUUAUGACUAUGUAAAUCUUGUACACAAAAUUCUGUGUUUUUAUCA